CUCUGUUCAGAAUGCUGAUGUAGUAAUUGAUCAAAAACGAAUUUCAAAAAUGAUAAAUAGUUUAAGAAAUAUUUUGAUAAUGAUAUUGUUGAUAAUCUCGACAUCAGGAGAAAAUUGUGUUGAUAUAUUAUGUUCUCAUGUUUUUGAUGAAGUAUGUGGGAUGGCGAAGUUAAGAGAUGGUACUCGGAUUAUAAUGAGAUAUAAAAAUGUCUGCUAUAUGAAGGCAAAGGAGUGUGAACUGAGUUCUGUGAUGGAAAUUAAUCAAGUAGCCGAUGAGCUUUGCGGUAUAAAAAAAAUACAGACCCGUCGCAUAAUGGAUCAUGCUAUAUCUGGAGGAUUUCAGGUCUGUAACCACUCGUGUCCCCUUUCCUGUACUGAAAUGUAUGAACCUGUCUGUGCAAAGAUCAAGAAGCCAGAUAAAAUUAUUGAUUCACACAAAUUCAAGACUUUCGUUAACCAUUGCCAUGUUGAUUUGUUUUCCUGUACUUCCGGGUUAAAUGUAACAAUUGAACCUCUAUAUCAAUGCUACGGGAAUGGCAGAUUUCUAUCGUUCAUGCAAAAUGUAGCUAUGAUGAAAUACAUACAUAUUUUUGACUGAGGUAAUUGAUGUCGAAAUCUCACACAAAAACAUUUAGAGAAAGUCGUUAGAAGACUUUUUGACAAAUAUCGUAAUGAUUAUGAAUAAAAAAAAAUGAAUUUUUGGUGGUUUGGGAUAUGAGACGAUAGAUACCUGUAUCACAUACGGUCACUCCACCAGCUAUGACCAGCAAUGCUAGUGUGCACUGACUCCAUAGGAGCAGCAAUGCUAUUCUCUAAGAAACAGUUUCUAUGCUGUACGCUGCGUCGAAUUCGUCGACGAGGCAGCCUAGAGAUCGACCGAGCCUUCAGCGCUGUUUCAAACUGUAUUUACCAACACAUUAUUGCUCGUCGGCGAACUGACGGCUGUAAGCCAAAGAGUAUAAUAAGUAAAGGGGCUGUAACACUGAUAUGAUAAGAGUAUAUAAAUAUGUAUGUAUGUGAAGUGUCGGGAGUAAAAAUAAGGCAACGUCUACUUAUAGCAAGCGUAUAUUGCGAACUGAUGGUUACAAUUCUGUAAGCUUAUUUAUACGUUAUCUUACUUAAUAAAAUCUUAUGUGGGUAAACCUAAAUAUAUUACAAUCCUCCACCUUAAAUAAUACAUAUCCUAAAUUAUAUAAAAC